UGACAAUUAAGACGCAUUUGAAACGGUCGCAUUGUUAGUCUGAUGAGGACUCUUCACGCAAAAAAGGUUUCCAAUGUGCAUCCUUUCCAUAAGUGAAAGCUAACCAGCAAUGUGGAUUGACUGGAUUUAAUUAGAUAUCACGUUAGACUAAAACGUUCUUCGGGCGUUUCUAAAAGAUGGAGAGGGGAUAUUUUGUGUAUCUGAUCCAUCCAAGCGGUCGGUCAUGAGCGAAACGACAUUGCUGUCUUAUGAGUCGGCGCCGACGUGGCGGAAUGGGAUCCAUCGCAAUCUAAAAAAGUUGUGCCGCUUGUCGGAAGAGAGGAGUAUCAGGGCGAAACGGUUGUAUAAAAUCGGUGACCUCAAGCGGCCAGUGAGCGAGUCCAUGGGAUUUCUGACCCCCAUCCAAAAGAGUAAAGCCCCUGUCGAUGAACCGGCGGCUUGCUUGCAGCAGCGGGUGAUAGACCUCAACAUAGAGUCUUCGGGAGUUCCUCGACCGGCGCCGGACAGAUCGAGUGAGAGCCCAACCAGGAAUAUGGACGACCCGCUGAAAGCCGGGGAAAGACGGAAAUUCCAUAAAUCAAACAGUUCAAGCUACCACUUGGUGAAAGGGAAGGGUGUUGUAUCCGCGGCGAAUCUUGACGCGGGCCAAAAUCUGCUGCUGUGCAAAAAUCUGCAAAGACCUUUUCAGAAUCAGGCGCUGUCGCGCCUUCGCGUCAAGGCGCACUUCCAGUCCAGCAAGCCCAUCGAGGCCAUCUCUCAAUGCAACCAUCAGUCGGGCUACAACCAGGAGGAGCAUCUGGCAGAAGAGGGGCAAUACCCGCUGAAGCAGUCGGAAUGGUCCGGCAUCGAGGUCAACGGAAACUGCAACAAGUCCGAGGAUGUGCGGUCGUUAACUCCACUAAUUUGCGGCGUUAACAAGCUGCCCCCCGCCCGGCAUAGUUUACAGUAUGGCCAGCCAUCGCUCGGUUGUGGUUUGGUAAAAAAUAACCAUUUCAACGUAUCGCCGAUGGGCGUAAAGAAAUUAGCGUGCCCUCAAAACAUCCUCAAGAGUCUACAUACGAAUGCCUCGAAAGUUUACAAGCAAUCAGAAAACGAAUCGCCGAACAAAGAGGAUGUCCGGUUAAAUUUUAACCAAUGGCUUCAGUCGUUGGGAUUCGAUGGCGAAAAAGAGGCUCGGUCUCUGAGUGGUCUACCGUCGGUUGGGGGGAUUGCGAAAGCGGCGGCUCCGACACCCCGAAAUAAAGUUGGGGGCCUACAAGUCGGCACGUGCAGGCUGAAAAGUAGACAACGGAUGGAGAACUGGUUGGGGUGUACGGAGAUCAAGGGACGGAGACACGCCAAGAGAUUUGAACAGAAAUCAUCAGCCCAUGUAUGUCCAGAUAAAGUCCAAAAGCCAACGUCAUCGGCCAGGCAACCUAUGAAGAGCACAUCAAGUCCCAACCGGGACUCGGGCAUGCCAAACAGAAGCCCACGCCCCGGUUCAGUUACUCCAAGCAAGGAUUUUGGUCAGACUCUGCCAUAUUUAUCCCUGGAUCAGGGAAAUGCGAGCAAAUGCAACACUAACAACGGGGCACUGGCGGCGAACGUCGCUCGCACGGUGACAACGAGAAGUCAGAGAGCAAACAAAAUGAGCAGAGACUCCAACAAAUGUACCUCGAGGAACGCCCGCCAACAUUUCGAAAACAGCAAAGACAAACCAACAGAGCGGCACCAGAGCGCACCGUUGUCGUGCGGCGCGGGGGUGAACACGGACACCGCACAAUGCACACCAGACAAAGAAAAAAGGCCGGUUAAAAAGACCCCGACAAAAGCCAGCAGGCAGUCCAAGAAAACCCAGCGGCCCGUCAACAAAAUCCGUCCAAGGAGGGGACAUCAGGAAAAGGCCUGCCGAAAAGUCGGCUUGUUCACCAAUCAGGUGAGCAACUGCAGGAAGCCGGCGCUGUUCAUGCCGUCUCCUGACACGCUGAUUGAGGAGAAAGCGUUCCUGGACCAAGAAGAUGGGGACGUUAACGGAAGUGCCGAAAAGGGGUUGGUGGAGUCGUCCGGCUAUCGCGGCCAGAAGAAGAAACCUUCAGAAGAGAGCUCAGAUGAGUUCCUCAACGACGAGGAAAGUUUUCUCAUGGCCAAGUGGGCGGAGCUGCGCAACUUGAAACCGCCCAAGGCGUUCCAUUCUAAGGUAAGAGAAGACACAAAGAAAAGCUCUUCUUGAGAAUGGAUUGCCUGUGACUGCAAUAGGUUACCGUGUGAUUGCAAUAGGUUACCGUGUCUGCAAGUGCAAGGAAACAUGUUUUUAUCGGAAAAGGGGGGGGGGGCGGAAGAAAGCAAGACGGGUAUAUAGGAAUGGAAGGUGAGAUUCGUAGGUCAGAGUGUCGCAAACAAUAACGUUCUGUUAAAAAUAAGUUAGAGAUUCACAAACAAUUGCAGUAUUUCAACAACAAAUCAGAGUGUCACUAACAAUGACAAAAUGUCCCAAUGAGAGUAUGUCAAAAAUAAUUCAGAGCAUCACUUACAAUUUCAGUAUGUAAAAAGUAAGUCAGGUUGUCACAAUGACAAAUGUCAAAAGUAAUUCAUGAUGUCACAAACAAUGAAAGUAGUUCAAAUAUAAGUCAAGGUGUCAUAAAUAUUGAAAAAAAGUCACAAAUAAGUCAGGAUGUCACAAAUAAUGACAGUAUGUACAAAAUAAGACAAUGUUUCACAAGCAAAAAUAUGUCAAGAGAGUUACACAAAUAUGACAGAAUGUCAUAAAUAAAUAAGUCUGAGUGUCACAAACAAUGAGAGGUCACAAAUAAGUCAUGGUUUCAUAAACAAUAACAAAAGUGUCACAAAAUAGUCGGGGUAUCAUACACAAUGGCAGAAGUUUAAAAAAAAAAUUAGGGUGUCGCAAACAAUGACAGAAUGUCACAAGAAUUGUAGGAUGAAAACAAAUGGAUGCAAAAGCAAGCUACAAAUUAAAUAAAAUUCAUGGAGGUGGGAGUGCAAAAUAAAUUUUACAGAAGACAACUUAGAUUGUCUACAAUCAGUGGAGUAGAAAGGGGUGUUGAGGGGGGCUCUGCCCUGGGGUGCACUUUUAGCUUUAUAUGAAGGGCCGCAAUUUGUCGCAAACUCCAGAGUUUUUUUUCUCUUCUAUAUUUUGAGGGCCCAUGGUCAACGUAUUGAUCAUUCAGGCUCCUAUAUUUUAAAGGGGUAUAACUGCGCAUGGUUUUUAUUGUGGAAGAGGGGCUGAAAAUGGUUUGCCCGUCCCGGCGGCGGCACUAACCCUAGCUAAUGUCACUGCAUACAAUGUAUUUAGUAUUUUAUGUGACCAAUGCCAGAUAUAAUUACAUGUCAAAAGUAAAUUGGGUUAACAUAUCCUGGGAUCAUUUUGUGAAUCCCACAGCAUCUUUUUACCCCCCCCCCUUGUUUCCCCAAACCCCAAUCCAAAACCUUAGAACGCCAGACAAUCGGAUAAGUACUCGGCUAUCGUUUUAAAGUUUAAGCCCACGUGUUGACUCUGAAAAAAAACAAAAGGUCACCAUACUGGACUGUAAACUAUCCAUCCCAGGCUUUAACGCCAGGUUGUCUGAGGAAGCGCUGUAACAAGACUUAACCCAAGCCUCAGCAACUUUGACUAGAAUCAGAUAUGAGGAGAUCAUUUUGUAUAACUCAACAGAACCUAAGCUUGUGCUCACAAGAGUAAAAUAAAAAUGACACCAUUGCUGCAUUUUAAAUAAUUGUUUUUUGCCCCCCAGAUGUUUUCCACACAAGACCAAGCAGCCAAACAGAAGAAGAAGAAAGCUAUCAAGUCUGGACGAAAGAUUGUCAAGUUAAGGCAAUGUAGCACUAAAAAAAAGCUCGCCACUAAAUGAAUGCCUACAAUUUAAAACUAAAUCCAAAUGGAGGAUUUUCCACGCAAAUAUCAAACUAUUAAUGAAUCUAUUUCACACCUAGAGUAUAAAAAAAAUCAAUAAAAUACAAACUAGCCCCAAUGUUCAUGUAGUGGCAACAAAACAAAAGAGAAGAAAAUCAAUGAAAAAUUUGAAUCACAAUGUUUUUUUAAGUUUCUGUAGUCCCAGCUAAAGGGUGGGAUCUCACCCACUGUAGUAAACGGUGGUAUCGUUUGGUAGAUUGGAGAUAUGAAUAAUAAAAUUUAGGUAGUUUAAGCGUAGAGGGUUGAAGGGAGUUGAGCUGGGACAAUGAUCGCUGGUAUAGUUCAGAAGAGGGGGAUAUAUGAUUAGUAAUUGGUUAUAUAGAAUUUUAUAGAUCAAUUAGGGGAAGGGGGGACUGGGGAAGUGGUUAAUCUGAACCACAAGUCAAUUUGAGAGAAUAUUGAAUAAUUGUUGUUAUGUGCUGGUUAGUGGGGGUUAUUGAUGGUAUACAAAAAUAUUGUAACUUUUUUUGUUAGUACCAAAAUAUAUAUAUUCCAUUGACAUAUUCUUCUCUCCCCCAGUCAUGAGGAGUUAUCUUCUCCCCCAAAUCUUGUAAGUUGAUUGAUGUAGGGAGAUAUGGAUAAAAUAAAUCCGUUUUCCUUUUUCUUCUUUUUAAAGAGGGACAAAAAGUCCAACCCAAUUUAUUUUUUAAAUAUCAGUUUGAUUUAUUUACAUUUCUUUAUAACAAU